CGGAGGCCGCGGCUUGUCCACCAAGCGUGGUCACCUGGGGGGGACCCGCUGAGGGACCGGGGGUAGAGGGGCUCGCCACCACACCUGCCUCCGUCCCUCCCCGCCACGUCUUCGCGCCGUCCGGCUCCAGGACCUCGGCUUUCUCCUCAAACCCCGCCAUGGAGCGACACGUCCUGAGGCUUCGUCAGGCGUUCCGGGCCGGCCGGCCGCGACCCCUGCGGUUCCGGAUGCAGCAGCUCGAGGCCCUGCGGAAGAUGGUGCAGGAGCAUGAGAAGGACAUCCUGGCGGCCAUCUCCGCCGACCUGUGCAAGAGUGAAUUCAAUGCAUACAGUCAGGAAGUCAUCAGUAUCCUUGGGGAAAUUGAUUUUGUGCUGGAGAAUCUUGCUGAAUGGGUUACUGCUAAACCAGUUAAGAAGAAUCUGCUUACCAUGAUGGAUGAAGCCUAUAUUCAGCCAGAGCCUCUGGGAGUUGUACUAAUUAUUGGAGCUUGGAACUAUCCCUUUCUGCUCACCAUACAGCCGCUGGUGGGAGCCAUUGCUGCAGGAAAUGCUGUGAUUAUCAAGCCUUCAGAACUAAGUGAAAAUACAGCCGAGAUCUUGGCUAAACUUCUUCCUCAAUAUUUAGACCAGGACCUGUAUGCUGUUAUUAAUGGAGGUGUUGUGGAAACCACAGAGCUUCUGAAACAGCGAUUUGACCACAUUCUCUAUACAGGAAACACUGCAGUUGGAAAAAUUGUUAUGGAGGCUGCUGCCAAGCAUCUGACCCCUGUGACACUUGAACUGGGAGGGAAAAGUCCAUGUUAUAUUGAUAAAGACUGUAACCUGGACAUUGCUUGCAGACGCAUAACUUGGGGAAAGUUCAUGAAUUGUGGUCAAACAUGCAUUGCUCCUGACUACAUUCUCUGUGAAUCUGCCCUCCAGCACCAAAUUGUGCAGAAGAUUAAAGAAACCUUGAAGGAAUUUUAUGGAGAAAAUAUCAAAGAGUCUUCUGAUUAUGAAAGGAUCAUUAACAUUCGUCAUUUUCAGAGGAUAAGGCGUCUGCUUGAAGGACAAAAAAUAGCUUUUGGUGGGGAGAUUGAUGAGGCCACGCGCUACAUAGCCCCAACAAUACUCACUGAUGUUGAUCCUGAAACCAAGGUGAUGCAAGAAGAAAUUUUUGGGCCAAUUCUUCCAAUAGUGCCUGUAAAAAAUGCAGAUGAAGCCAUACAUUUCAUAAAUGAACGUGAGAAACCAUUGGCUCUCUAUGUAUUCUCUCAUAACAAUAAGCUCAUCAAACGGAUGAUUGAUGAGACGUCCAGUGGGGGUGUCACGGGCAAUGAUGUCAUCAUGCACUUUACCCUCAAUUCUUUGCCCUUUGGAGGAGUAGGUUCUAGUGGUAUGGGAGCAUACCAUGGAAAACAUACUUUUGACACCUUUUCUCAUCAACGUCCCUGUUUAUUAAAAAGCUUAAAGAGAGAAAGUGCUAACAAACUCAGAUAUCCACCCAACAGUCAGUCAAAGGUGGAUUGGGCAAAAUUCUUCCUGCUGAAACAGUUCAACAAAGGAAAAAUUGGGCUCCUAUUGCUCACAUUCCUGGGUGUGAUGACAGCUGUGCUUGCCAAGAAAUACCAAGCUGUGCUGAGGAGAAAGGCCCUGUUGAUUUGUCUGGUAGUUUACAGACUGCGUUGGCCCAAUGAACAGUGAUGAACAGAUUUCAAACCCCUGCUCUGUCUGUUAAGAG